UUUCCGCCUUCCGGUUCCUUAGCCUUACUGUAAACGCGUCUGAAAGGGGAGGUUAUCUCACAUAUUUCAAGAUGAAGAUCGGGCUUUGUGCGUAUAGUGGAUACAAAAUCUACCCAGGACAUGGGAAGACUAUGGUGAAAACCGAUGGAAAGUCAUUCACUUUCCUGAACGCCAAAUGUGAAUCGUCACAUUUGAUGAAGAGGAAUCCUCGUAAGGUGACAUGGACCGUACUUUACAGGCGGAAGCACAAGAAGGGUCAGGAAGAGGAACAGACCAAGAAGAGGACAAGGAGGACUCAGAAGUUCCAGCGAGCCAUCGUCGGCGCUUCGCUCACCGACAUCCUCGCCAAGAGGAACAUGAAGCCCGAAAUCAGGAAGGCACAGAGGGAACAGGCCAUCAGGGCUGCUAAGGAACAAAAGAAGGCCAAGGCGGCGAAGAAGCCACCCCCACCAACCAAGGGCAAGGCGCCCAAGGCCCCGAAAGCAGCCAAGGUCCAGCCUAAGAGUGCCCCACGCGUUGGUGGAAAGCGUUGAUUUUUAUUAAAUUUGAUUUAAAUAAAAAACGUUAAAAUCGCC